AUGAGCUCUUCAUCCUCUACAACACGACACAUCCCAAACGCACGCCGUCUCCUCAUUCUCUCUCCCGAUUCGCAUUCGCUGUCAACAAUCCCCGACUUUCUUCACUCCCUUACAGGCGUCCCUGUUGGCGAUCUCCCAAGCGCACCAUCACCGAUAGAUACUUCGGCAACAGCUACAACAGACGACGGCCCUUUAACGACAUCUUCUACGCCAGAUAUACCCAAAUCGACAUUUGCAGGCUAUACAACCCACAAUCCCCUCCAAAUCCGAACGAAAUACUACAACGCCGACGUCCCGAUAUGGGUUGACGAGAUUCCCCUCUCCACCUCGACCUCUGUUUCCACACCGUCAACAACAGCAUCAGCGACACAAUGGAAGACUGAAUUCGUAAGCCCAGACGCGCGAGUCGUCCGCGAUGUCAUCGGUGCCAUGGUUGUCGUUCUCCAGAAUCCCGAAUUCACCUCCCCGCCUAUCCCUGUAGCCGAGCAUGCUGAACGAGGUUCAGAGGCUCCAGAUCCCGCGACGCGAGAUGAUGUGAAGGCUAUCAAGGAUUUCCUGCGGGCGAUUGGCGAUGUUAAGGGGCAGGUUGAGGAGGAGAGAAAUGGGGAUGAAGUUCCAGGGUUAUUGGUUCUUGUGGAGAGGGAGAGCAAGAGCAAACGACAGCAGAAGAAAGUGCCUGUGAAUGGUGGUGAUGAUGAGGGUGAGGAUGGAAUUGAUGGGCCUGAAGAGCCUUUUUCCGCUGCUUGGUGGGAGGAUCAGUUGUUUGAUGAUGGGCUGAUGGGGUUUGAGGUUAUCUGUUGGGAUCCUGCUGGUCGGGAAGAGGAGAAAAGGAAUCAGUUUGGAGAAUUCCAAGGCAUGCGCCGUAUCAGAGAAGUCCUAGAGACGCAUGAAUGGGCAGACACCUCAGCCGCCGAUGGCGACGGAUCAGUUCUAGAUGAUGAUCUCGAGGAGGAGCUACUGAGACUCAGCGAAGGGGAGAGCGGGUUCAAUUUUGAAGUCAACGAGCUGCAACGCGAAAUGGUCGGCCUGAGAAUGGCUAUUGAGCACGGUGGUGAUUCCGGGGAUAGCGACCAUGAUGACCAUGAUGACGAGCUUCAAGUGGAGUCCUUGGAAGGAUUGAUGCUACGGAUGAAGGCUAUUCGAGAUAUGAGUGCAGAUCUCCCGGAUAAUGAGCGUAAGAGGUUUGCGGCAAAAGCUGUACGAGAUAUCAUGAAGGAAUUAGAGUAG